AGGCUUAUCGCCCGUUGGGGCCGACCGCGGUUAUUAUUUAGUUUCCACAUGCAGUCGGGUUCUUUCGUCUUUUUCUUUUUACAGACGGCGGUAUCUGCACCCUCUUCCGUCCAACAUACUGACCAAAGAUGUAAUCAGCACGAAUGACUCAUGUGGAAUGAGUCAUUUAUAGACAACGUAGCCGUUAGUGACUUGUCCAGGGUCAUUCCAUGGGUGAUGCUACUGAGGUUUGAACACAGUACCUUGUGGGUACGUGCCGAACAACAUAACCACUCAACCAUGGCGGCUCAUGAAGUUUACAGAACCGUUAAAUGUUCCUUCGUACAUUAUUUUAUAAAUAUGUCUUAUCGACAUAGUUAAACGCUUCCAGGUGAAUGGACGAAUAUAAUACACUUCUCUAUCUACACAGUCACCUCCAAGAUUUUUUUAAAUUAUUUUUAAUUAUUUUUCAAACUAUAAUUUUUACAAGAAUAUCUUUUAUGUCUCUGUAGUAAUGAUAACAUUACUGAACUUAAAAAAAAAUCCUUCAUAAAUAUCUAAUAACUUAUUAAAAUACAUACGACUUUUAUUAUGAGACAUCAAUAUUUGUAUAAAAUGUUCGUAAGUAUACAUUUAUUAAUAGGCAAAUAGAUAACAGUAGUUAUUCUAUCGUUUCUAAUGAUAUAAUGGAUCACCUUUACGGUUAGAUAUAUCAGAAAUGUAUAAAUUGCAUUUGACAUUAAAAAUAUCUGGUAAAUGGCCUCAUCGGAUUGAUUCACCUAGAGUGCACGGACAGAGCAGAAAUUGUAUAGUGAGUUAAACCAAUAAAUAUCAAAUGCAUUUUAAAAAAAAUUCUAAAAGGCCGAAUAUAAACUUGAUACUAGUCGAUAGAGAAAAUUUUUCUCUAUCGAACUGCAUUUUCGGUUUUUUCUGAAAAAGUGUUUAUUUCGAGAAAUUAUCGAAAUACUACGACCAAUCAAAACACAGAUUAUUAUUAAAAGCGUCGCCACCGAGACGACUAUAGUCGCUGAGUCCAAAAGUUUCUUUGAAUUUCUGAAUUUUUUUCGUCAAAUUGAACUCUUCCCUAAUUUGUCGAUGUGCUGAGUGGAUUAGAAAAAUUCAACAGAACUGGAAUUUCUCUCCUUACGAAGUUAUAGCAAAUACAUAAAUCAUAUUGCAUAGUGCAUUGUGUCACCAUAGAUACCGCAGUUUGUAAGGCAGAUAUCUCGAAAACUCGUCUUGGGCCGAAAAAACAAACCAGAUCAAGUAUUAGAGAACUAAGUUGAGAAUCUACUGUUUUAAUCUCAUCCCCGGGAAAAUGUUAAAACUGUAACGCCACCUAGUGCAUUAGUGUGUUGGUCAUUUGACAUUGAUUUGAUGAUUCAUCUCAAUUUGACCGUAUACUACUAUAUAUAUAUAUAUUUUUUUUUUUGUAAGAGUUCUUUUGUUACAAUGAUUGAUCAUCAAUGAUUGGUUGUCAUUUAGACAAUGUUCGUCAAACAUUAUAUCAUUAUAUGUCUGUUUUAUUGUCAUAUAGACGCAGUGUAUCGGCAAUGAAUUGUUUAUCAAAAGAUAUCGUUGAACUGGUCGAUUUACCUGAUGAAUUAAUUUUAAUUAUUAUGAACAAAGUCAAACCUAAAGUGCUAUUGCUUUGUUCUAUUAUCACUAUUGGUAAUAAUCGUUUAGAAAAACUUGUACUUGAUAAAUGUGAUUCAAUUGAUUUAACUUUUGAUUAUUUUCAAUCACCAUAUAAAUGCCUUAUUCAACGUUUUUAUU